UAGCACACUUUAUGUCAUCCACAUUCGACACCUCUUUGUUAGGGCAUGAAUUUUCGCAAAGAGGGUCCUCUCUCUACCUCUCUCUGUGGAAUCAGAAUAAUUCUUUGGCAUCUCAAACACUUUUUCUUUUAUUUCUUUUUUUCUGCAAAAUAAAAAAUUGGUUUAUUAGGUUAGGUUAGGACUGUAAAUCAUAACCAAAAUUUUAGAUUAGUUCUGAAGAAAAAAAGGAAAAAGUUUAAAAUCAAAACCAUGAAUUCAGUCAUUGAGAUGGACGGUGAACAGCUAGUCAACGCUCUUCCCAAUCUUUCCCUUCGAGAUCAGAACGAGACGAAGAACAAAGGGCCUAUUGGCGAGGAGGGUUGCGAAAACCAUAGUGGAAUAUGCGCGAUAUGUUUAGAUAAGAUAGUGCUGCAGGAAACUGCUCUUGUAAAAGGUUGCGAGCAUGCUUACUGUGUGACUUGCAUCCUUCAAUGGGCAACAUACAGUAAGGUGCCUACAUGCCCUCAGUGUAAACACCCAUUUGAGUUCCUCAAUGUUCAUCGUUCUCUUGAUGGCAGGAUAAAUGACUACAUGUUUGAGGAAAGUGUGUGCCUGCUUCUUAGAGCUGCAUGGUUUAAACCAUUAAAUGUGGAGGAACGUGAAGAGGUAUAUGAUGAUCUGGAAGAUUAUUAUUAUUAUCCAUAUGAAGAUGAGGAUGAUGAAGAAGAAGAAGAUGAAGUUUAUUACACCAGUUCACAUAGUCUCCGCAUUGGCAAUCGGAGAUGGGGUGAUAAUGGAUAUGUAAGAUCAGGGCGCCUAGAAGCCAGACCUGUUCAUCAAUCCAACACCCAUGACUCCGGUGCUGGGUCCUCAACUGAGCCUAAGAAGAAAGAGGUAGCAAAAAGUACAAUGGGUCGACGUGCAAAGAGGGCACUUAAGCGUGAAGCAGCUGAUAAGGCAGCCGCAGCGAAACAUCAAGAGCAUUUGAUGAGGCUGGGGCGGAAGUGAUUUCUUUGAUGCAAAGUGUGUAAUAAACAUUGUAUCAAAGGAUUAGGUGCUUUGAUAAACCAGAAGGCCUGUAUAUUUGAUCCUCGUUUUGUACAGUAUUCUUUUCUUUCUGUGGGACAAAAUAAAUGCGAUUGCCCCUUGGUAUUGGAUGGACGGUGGAACCACGGGUUGGUGACUUGGUGGGGAUCUGUUGUAACUGAGACACAAAUUAAUUCCAUUAAUUCACAAAUUACAUUCCGUGUCCUGUAUGGCGGUUCAGCCAAAAAAGGCAAAAAAAUGAAAAAAGAAAAGAAGUGUCUCUGUGUAAUCUUUUUAUGCUUACUAUGGUAUGCAGCAUUUUAUUUUGAUUUUCGGAAGUGCCGUGACUUGU